GUGUAAAAUCGAAGUAUACAGUUCUUAAACCUUUUUCGCUGCUCUUUCUUUCUCAUCCUGGAAUUGCAAGCAUCUACUUCUUCUUUGUCGUCCUGUCAAUAACAAGAAACCCUUGCAGCUCAAAAUAUGCUUCUUUUACCUCAGAGCAGACUAUUUUUGAGCACCAAUUCCAACUGCAACAGAGUAAUUUUCAUGGGCUUCAAACACUUGCUUCUUCUUAAGCCUACACUCACGCCUGUAACGCAUACACAUGCAUAUGUGGCCCAUUUUUCUUCAACUUCGCAACCUCAGUUAUUUUCUACUCAUAGGAAAAAUAUAGCAUUUUCUACUUCUUCUCCGAAACCCAUAUCUCCAAUUUAUCGGAUGACCUCUGGGUUGAGUUAUUACCCCCAUGCUGCUAUGCCUACACCCAGACCAGUUUCUGGAGUUGUUUUGGAGACCCCAGAGCAGCAAGUGCUAGAUUCGGAGCAGCUGAGGAUGUUAAAACAGAAGUUGGAGGAUAUGGGGAUUGAUGGAGACGCUUGUAUGCCAGGGCAAUACUAUGGUUUAGUAUGUCCAAACUGCAAAGGUGGAGAUUCCGAAGAGAAAAGCUUAUCUCUUCACAUCACAGAAGAUGGUGCUGCAGCAGUGUGGAACUGCUUUCGGGCUAAAUGUGGGUGGAGAGGCACUACAAGGGCCUUUGCUGACAUAAAAUCUACUUAUGCAAAAAUGAAUAGAAUUGGCAAAAUAAAACAGCCACUUAGAGAAAUCACAGAGGAGAGUUUGGAACUGGAACCUUUGUGCAGUGAGCUACUUGCAUAUUUUGCUGAUCGAAUGAUAUCUGGAGAAACACUGCGAAGAAACUUUGUAAUGCAAAAAAGAAGUGGCAACCAGAUUGCUAUUGCUUUCACCUAUCGAAGGAAUGGAGAACUUGUGAACUGCAAGUAUAGGACUAUUACUAAGAAAUUUUGGCGGGUAUGUUUAUAUGUAUUGUUAGUUAUUCUUCAUUCCUGAAAGAUUUAAAUUUCCGCAGGUAUGUUUAUAUGAAUUGUUAGUUAUUCUUCAUGCCUGAAAAGGUUAAUAUUUCCAAGAAGAAACACUCAUGUAAGAUGCUCUAUGUGAUUAUAUCUCUCUUACUGCACCAACCAUUCAUAAUAUGGCUCAGGCUACUAAUUGGACUGUUAUAGUUUUCUGAUGUGCCUUUUUAAGUAUAGAAGUAGUUCUGAUGUUUUACCGUCAUGAGUCUCAUAGUAUUUAGCUGGUAACACUGAUGGGCA